CAGCGCCACUCGGUGCUCUUCUUGCAGCUAGGGUUGGAGCACGGGCUAGAAUUCCAUUUCACGUUGAACAGCCUGCGUGGAUCUUCUAACAUCGUGCAGUUGACGCUCAAGACGAAGGUUUUAACAUAAUGGAGCAUCAGCGCAGUCAGUCUGGUAAACCCCCUGUUGAUGGCAACAAAGUAAUACCACUGCGGUGUUAUGGCCGCGGCUGGAAACUGAUUCCCUUGGAUGAGCUGCCGAUAUUCCAGUACCUCAAGCGACAAGCUACUUUGCAAGGAGUAGUUGUUGCCGGAGAACGAGGGCGCCCACCUCAGAAGCACCAUCAUUCAUCAGAUGAGUUACCUGAUUCGGAGCACAACAAGGAUAUUGGUAGUUCUGGUGGCUCCCAUGAGAUGCCACUUUGUGUACCAGCUUUGAAUGUUGGCUUGGAACUAAUGCAACCUGCCCAAGAAAGGAGUGAAGUCCUGUGUCAGCCAUCAACCUCACAGCAGUCACCAGGGCCCCAAUCUUUGCACUUGGCUGACCGACACCGCUACAUACCACACAUGUCUGGUCCACCAACUUCCUGUCACCACCAAAUGGACAGGCCCAGUCAUUCAAUUCAGCCAUCUCCACCAACCUCCAAGCAGUGCCACUUGGUGCCUCCAGUGAAAGGCUUGCCAAAGGGACCAUCGGGGUCUGAUUGUCAUGGAGGUGCGCGAAGAAAAAUGCCUGCAACAUCUCCUGAUAGAGGACAAGGCGUGUCUCGGUCUGCAAGGAAGGUACAGCCUCCUGCCAAGAAGGCCGCCUUUGACCCAGACACCUUGAGCCAUCCUAAGGACCACAGCUCAUGGGCAGAGUUCCUCACCAAAGGUGUUACUCGUGACCCCGUUGAUGACUCGGAGGGUGAUCUGACCAUCUGCAGAGAUGCUGAAGCACAGCACUGUGAUACGCUGAUGUUCCAGCCUGACUUGGAGGAUGAGGUGACAGUCUGCAAUGAGGAUGAAGUAAAACGGCAUGAGUCUGACAGUCCAUCUGCAGGGGGGAAACCUGCAGCAGCGGUCAAGAAUGAGCCCAUGGAGACAGAAGAAUCCAUAGAACCCAAGAAGGAUGAGGUAGAGUCCGAAGACUACAAGAUGAUUCAUGACCUUCGUCUUCCUCGUGCGCCCCCAGAGUGAGGCUGUCUGCAACACACUUGGAGAGCUCAUCCAGGGAGAUACGGCCAAGAAGGAUAAGGGUGCCCAAGACAAGGGCAACUGAAGCAAGGAUAAGCAAUAGCCAUGCUUGACUUGACCAUGGGCUUUUGCAGCCAACAUUUUUUUUUUUUUUUUGCCAUUAGCGGUUUAAAGGAACACGCACUACAAUAAAAAAAAAGAUGCUUCCCAUUACCCAUGGGAUGGGCUGUCGUCAUCCUACAAA